CCGCGGUAUAUAAUAAAAUUGAUCUCCGUCCAUCGUGUAGUGACUGUGAGACUCUGAAAGACGCAGUUAAAACACGCGUCACAGUGAAAAUGUUUACGUUUAAUAGAUUUUUGUCUUCCAUCUUUGUUUUAUCUUGUGUUAUAAAUGGCUGUUUGUUCAAAGAGCUUCCGGACUACAUCCACGUCUGCCAGAGAGACCCGGCCACAAUCAAUGACUGCGUCGUGAAGUCCAUAGAAUCACUCCGGCCACAGCUCACCAAUGGCAUCCCUGAGCUGGGGGUCCCCUCUAUCGAGCCCUUCUUGAUUAAUGAGAUCAAAGCUUUGACAUCAGACAACACGCUCAUUCGUGCAAGUGGUCACAACAUCAAAGUUACCGGUGCAAGCGCAUUCGUGAUCAAGAGUUUGUCAGUGGACCUUGACACGCUGAAGAUAAGGGUGCGCCUGCGCUUCCCAAAGCUGCACUUCGAGGGAGACUACAAGCUGGAUGCCCAGGUCCUCAUCGUGCCACUGAAGGGAGAAGGACAACUGAACGCUGAUGCUGUGAAAUGUGACGCGGAGCUGGUGUUCCACUCUCAGAUCAUCACGAAGGACGGAGUGGAGUACGUCAAGUUCAAGAAGAUCGAAGCCGACAUCAGCAUCAAGGACUACAGAGUCAAGCUGGACGGACUCUUCAACGGAGACAAGACUUUAGGUGAGGCCGCGAACCAGGCCAUCAACCAGAACAGAGGAGAGUUCCUCAAGGCUACCAAACCUCAUUUGGAGAAGACAGUGGCCACGAACCUCCUGCGAGUUGCCAACAACAUCGUGGACGGACUCACGCUUGACCAGCUCUUCCCCAAACCCUAGACAGAGUUCCUAAUCUAGAAUAACUUAGGUUUAUAAGCCCACUGUGAUUUAUACUCGUUGAAAUAGUUUUCUAUGUGAGUUUAUAUAAUUUUUGAUGUUUACAAAUGAAAUGUUGGUUCUAAUUUUUUACAUGACGACAUGACAUGUGUUUAUUUGUUUUUUUUUUAUUUGGAGAAAGAUAAAUAAUUAAUUUAUGUUGUAAAUUAUCAAGACUUUUAUAAAUAGAAAUGGAAUUAAAAUUUCGUAUUUAAUUGUAACGAUGUUUAAAUUAUAUUAACAAAAAUAA